AUGGCUUCCAUUGCGUUCAGAAUCAUGCAUCGAGUAACAGUGCUCGCGUCCCACUUCCCGAGACCACAAGUAAAUUCAGCAAAAUAUGUCUCGCCAGCGAUGUAUACGGUAUCUUCGAGAAGUACGUCUUCGGCUGCUUGGGACGACUGGGUGUCCAAAUGCCGUCAAGUCCAAGUGUUGGACUCGAAAAUGAGCUAUUAUGAUUCGUCUGCACAUAAUGGGUUCAAAACCAACACAGUCUUGUUUCUGCACGGAAACCCGACAUCUUCUUUUCUGUGGCGAAAUAUUAUUCCACACGUGCAGAAGAAAGCAUGGUGUUUGGCGCCUGAUCUGAUUGGCAUGGGGAAUUCUGCAAAGCUUCCUAAUCACGAUUAUAGCUAUAAAAACCAGUACCGAUAUUUGAAGGCUUGGAUUGAAGCUAUGAAUCUCCCAGAAAAACUUGUUAUUGUAUGCCAUGACUGGGGAUCCGGACUGGGGCUCCAUUGGUGCAACGAACAUCGCUCUAGAGUUAAAGCCAUCGUUCAUAUGGAGAGUCUGGUGUCUGUGGCAGAAUGGAAAGGAUUUCCAGAAAUUGCCAGGAGCUAUUUUCAAGCAAUGCGUUCAGACGCUGGUGAAGAUAUGAUUUUGAAAAAGAAUCUCUUCAUUGAGAGGCUUCUUCCCAGUUCAAUCAUACGAACCUUGUCCGAAGACGAGAUGAACGCUUACCGCAUGCCAUACGUCGAAGAGGGAGAGUCAAGGAGACCGACCCUGACUUGGCCAAGGGAGAUUCCAGUACGGGAAGAUGGCCCCCAAGACGUGAUUGACAUAACUGACGCAUAUGUGAAGUAUCUUUCUGAUUCGAAAGACAUUCCAAAAUUGUACAUCAAUGGGGACCCUGGAUUUUUCAGCGAUGCUAUAAGACACGUGACGAAAAAUUGGCCGAACCAUCGUCAAGUUACUGUGAAGGGACUUCAUUUCUUGCAGGAAGAUUCCCCAAAUGAAAUCGGAAAAGCUAUUGCAGACUUUCUAGACAACACGCUGAGUAACUGA